AUAGUGAAGAGAGAUUCUUUGUGACGUACAGUAUUUGUUUUUGGGACACUAAAGCUAAUCCAAUCUGUUAGUAGGAUCUUCUCUUUCAGGAUGUCAACAUCUGAUAUUGCUUCGUCACCUCAAGCCUGCGAUGCUUCUCUGUCCACAUCGGACACCGAGCUGCGGCUUGCUCUUCUAGGAAAGACGGGAUCAGGAAGGAGCUCCUCAGGCAACACCAUCCUGGGAAGGUCCGCCUUCAGGGUGGAUGUCUCCCCAUGCUCCGUCACCACUUGCUGCAUGAAAGAGACUGGGACAUUCGGCGUGAGGCGCAUCUCUGUGACUGACACGCCAGGGUUCUUCCACACACAUUUGUCCACUCAGGAGGUUAUAAGAGAAUUGGGAGGGACUGUUGACCUGUCUUCUCUUGGACUGCAUGCAUUAUUGGUGACCCUGCAGCCUGGAAGGUUCACCCAGGAAGAGAGAGAUGUCCUUGAGUGGAUCAAGGCAACAUUUGGACCUGGAGCCACCGCAUUUAUAUUGGUGCUGUUCACAUGGGGAGACCAGCUGGGAGGAAAACGCCUCGAAGACUUUCUGGAGCAGAACGACGAGUUGUCGGCAUUUGUUGGCAGCUGUCAAGGAGGAUUUCAUGUCUUUGAUAAUACCGAGCAUGAGAAUGCGACCGGAUGCUCUCAACAGGUGGAGCAACUUCUGAGAAAGAUAGACAAGGUUGUGGCAGAUAACGGAGGCGCCUGCUAUAGCAGUGAUAUGUUCAAGGAGGCAGAAAACGCCAUCAGGGUUGCCCAGGAGAGGAUUCUAGAAAAAAGACAAGACAGGUGGCUUCAUAUGGAGAGUGAGGAAACGGGGGGGCCAGAGCCAGCGUUACAGACGAGGCAGAGGAAGGAAGAAGAGGAGGCCAGGCGGAGGGCAGAGAGGCUCUUCUGGUGUGAGCUGUUGACUGCGUUAGGAAAGGGUGCAGCAGAAGGGGCUGGGAUCGCUGAGAGAGACAAGGACAAAGGUACAACGUUGAAAAAAGUCAAGGUGGUGGAGAAGGCGGCGGCUCUGGUCGCCUCACCGUUCUCCAUCAGUUCGGCUGCGAAAGUGGUGGGAGGCGCUGUGAGAGAGGGAAGUAAGGUGCUUUACAAGCAUCGUAAAACAUUCCUACACUAAAGG